AUGAGGGCCUUCGCAACUUCAUUCGUCUUUCCAGUCGUCGCCCUUGCGGCGGCAAUCGCUAAGAGGGACGCGCCCGAGGGUCCUUGGACAGCCGGAGUCUGGAGAAUGCCCACGACCGACGACAUCUUUUUCACCGGCGUCGCUAUCAAUGCUAGCGGAGGGAAGUUUUUCAUAAACAAGGACACUUCCGCGUAUUGUCCGGACGAUGUCGAAAACCUCGAUUGCUCUGCUUAUCCCGGGUCCAAAACUGUGUUCACGGGAGGAAACGACACCUUAUUUCUAGAUGUCGCGGUACCUGGUGGCCAGCAAGUAUACAUUGCCGCGGACGGUUCGCUGUCGUAUACGGUCCCGCAUUCGGGAGCGUUGCCCGAGGGCGCUGUUGCUACCGGCUGGAGCCGCGAGCAAAGCCAGGCGUUCGGUGCUCCCACUAUUUUGGCUAACAGCGAUCAGUCCUGGACAAUUUGCCCAGUCAGCGAAGGAGAGCCGAGGGAGAGGACGUAUCAGGUGUUCGUCGGGGUGGGAGGAGAGGGUUGCUUGAAUACUGGGGUCAGGACGUAUACUUCCUCUGGACCAGAUGCUUGGGAGUACGCAUAA